AUGCCGCCCCGCCGCGUCGCCGUGAUCGGCGCCGGAGCCGCCGGGCUGGUGGCGGCGCGCGAGCUGCGUCGCGAGGGCCACGCCCCCGUCGUCUUCGAGCGCGCCGCGGCAGUGGGCGGCAACUGGCUCUACGACGAAGACGCUCCAGCCAGCGCAGCCGACCUGCUCGGCGCCGGCGGCGUCCACUCGAGCCUCUACGCGUCCCUCCGCACCAACCUGCCCCGAGAGUGCAUGGGCUUCCUCGACUUCCCCUUCGUCCCCGAUCCCGACGUCGGCGCCGAGACCGAGACCUCCUACUCCCACGACCCGCGCAGGUUCCCCGGCCACAAGGAGGUGCUCCGGUACCUCGAGGCGUUCGCGCGGCGAUUUGAUCUUCAUGGGCUGGUACGGUUCGAGACGGAGGUGGUCCGCGUCCGCAGGGACGACGCGAGCGCGGGCUGGAAGGUGUCCUACUGCUCGGGGAAGCUCGCCCAUGGCAGUAGCGAACAAGAGGAGGUGUUCGACGCCGUCGUUGUCUGCAACGGUCACUUGGCCGAGCCGCACAUCGCCGACAUCGCCGGCAUCGAUACUUGGCCCGGGAAGCAAAUGCACAGCCACAACUACCGUGUGCCCGACUCGUUUCACGGACAAGUUGUGGUGGUAAUCGGAUCAGCGCCCAGUGGACACGAAAUUUCGAGGGACAUUGCAGGCAUCGCGAAGGAGGUCCAUGUUGCGCGUCGGUCACCCCCCACCUCCGAAAUGCAGAGCACUGCCCGUGCAAACUUGUGGCUUCAUCCUAUGGUCGAGCGCGCUGAGGAAGAUGGCAGCGUGGUGUUCAAAGAUGGUAGUCGUGUUAAAGCCGAUGCCAUCGUGCACUGCACCGGAUACAAGUACAACUUUCCAUUCCUAGGUGAUGAUGUUGGUAUCUACGUCGACGACAACCGCGUGGGCCCGCUAUACCAGCAUGUCUUCCCCCCACACUUGGCUCCUCACAUCUCCUUCAUUGGGCUGCACAUCAAGGCUCUUCUUUUCCCCUUGUUUCAACUGCAAAGCAACUGGGUGGCCGGAGUCCUAUCGGGAAGGAUAAAGCUCCCGUCACAAGAUGAAAUGAUGGAACAUGUCGCAACAUUUUACAUGGAGAUGGAGGCUGACGUAUUCCCCAAAAGAAACACUCAUAACCUAGGAGCAUGCACGUAUAAGUACGAAGACUGGGUUGCUGAGAAAUGUGGGCAUGAGAAGAUUGAAGGGUGGAGAAAAGAGAUGUUCAUUGCGGCGCUAAAGAACUUUGCUCAUCGCCGUGAGAGCUACCAGGAUGAAUGGGACGACGAUCACCUAUUACCACAAGCACACCGAGAUUUUGCCAAGUAUUUUUAA